UUUCUUGGUAGUUAUUGAAAUCUAUAUCAGUAAUUUUUUUUACAACCGGUUAGAAAUGUUAAAUACAAUAAAUAUUAUAUUCUCACUGUACAUAAUUAUUAAGUGAUAAUUAUUGUAUUAUUAUUUAAUUAAUAACAUAAACCUGAGUUACAUUACGUGGCCUAAUUGCUCGCGAUUCCACCAUUUGUGAUAAUUUUAUAUUUUUUUGUGUCUUCACCCGACUGAUGAUUGGUUUAGGUUAACAGAUUUAACUUGGAAAACAAAAAAAUUUUAUUGGGUUCAAUAAUGUCGACAAUACUCCAUACGAAACCAUCUCAAUCACCGGGGCUAAAGCAAGUUAAAGUUGACAACUGGGGAUCAUUUUUUCUCCAAAGAUUGCAGCAGCUUUAUCAUGAAGAAGAAUUACUUGACUUAACAAUUAAAUUUCCCACUAGUGACAUCACAGUACAAGCACAUCGGCUUGUACUCACAACGUGUACUGAUUAUUUUAUGCUGUUAGAACGUAAGCAAAAAGAGAGAGAAGAUUAUGAUGGCAUACUUGUCAUGCCACCGGACAUGCCUUACGAGUGUGUUAAAUCAAUUAUAAGUUUUAUGUAUACUGGCCAGUUGGAAUAUUGGACAUCGGAGCAAAACGCGCUGUAUAAAACAGCUCAAAAAAUGAAUAUUACCGUUUUGACAAAAUUAUUGGAUGCUCAGUUUAAUACAAAUAAUCUUCAAGCGACUUCGGUGACUAAUGAAAAAACAUCGGUAUCAAUGCAGUCGAAAAUAACUAGUCCAGUUAAAAAAAUAUCACCGACUAGUCAGGCGAUGCCUACGACAACUCUACCUGGCAGAAAAUUACCUAUUUGGAGGAGGAGAUUGGAUUCCCCGUCAAUGAAUUCCGAAUCUGGUUCAUAUGGACACAGAUCUAAUGAAGCCAAUUCAGGUCCGUCACGAUUCGAUCUACCGGAAGUUGAAGACAUUGCUUUGGGAGUAUUUUCUUCCUUUGAUGACAUCACGUACAAUACUAAACCAAUUGUCAGAGCUACAAGUGAGUCUAGCGGUGACAAAAAUAAUUCAACCCGUUCAAAUCGCAAUGACACUGAGGAUGAAGAUGACGAGUCACAGGAAAAACAUUGGGAGAAUAAUUCAGAUGACGAUUGGAUAAGUACUAAAUCUAAUUCCAGAUCACAGGAUGGCGCUUCCGCGUCUAAACGCGUCAGAUUUGAACUCGAAGAAAAAGAAAAUAUGGAGAAAAGUAAAAAUACAUCGCAGAGCUCUCCUGAGUCGAUAAAUAAUCAUGCUAAAAUAAUAAGAGAAGUUUUGAAAAAAUAUCCGCACUUGGUGAAAAAUAAUAAAAAUAUUCGGUUGAAAAUAAUGCAAAAGGAGCCCAAGUCAUCAGAUAGUUCAUCGAGCAAGACAAAAGUAUCUUAUGUUGUAUUGAAAUCUGAUCAUUUGAUACCCGACGCUUCUGAGAAUGAAGAAAAAAACGAUGGAAAUGAUUCCGGGCCUUGGAAAUGUCACAAAUGUGAUUUAGAUGAAGAGUAUCAUAACUACUACAUGUACCGCAGGCACAUGCAGGAUGUGCACGACGAGAAAUUUGAUCCCCGCGUUUGCGAGCAUUGUGGCUACAAAGCAGCCAAACGUAAUAUUCUAAUGUACCACUUGUACACUAAACACAACGUACCACCACCCAAAAGUAUGUCUUUUCCAAAAUGUCAUGCCUGUAGCUACGUAGCUCUGUCAGAAACUCUGCUAGUAAGACAUCAGAUCAAUCAUAAACAUCGUCCACUGUCACUGUCACGUUCAAGCGUAACCGAGGAGAUUCAAUGUGUCCAGUGUGGCGAAGCAUUUAAAGACGUAAGUGAGUUAGCUAAUCACGAAAUCAACACAGGACAUGGAACAACAAUCAAUGGAAAAGAUAAAGGCUUCCGCUGUCCUUACUGUCAUAAAGUAUUUGUAAGAUCAACAAAUCUACGUGUCCAUAUUGAUUGUCAGCAUAAAAAACGUGAAAAUGUACCACCUGAAACUGAAAGCUUACCAACAAUACCGUUGGAGCCUUCAUCUGAAGCAGAGGCACUCAGUAAUGUUGCCAGUGGUAUAGCUGCUUCUCUGGGUGUCGGUGAUACUAUGACUACGGAAACCAUCACAUCUGAUCAUCAUCAGGAAAUGCACACCAGUGAGAACAGUUUUGUGGUAAAUGAAAUGGAAUUAAAUAGCAUGACCCAUGACGCAGCUUUCAAUGGUCAUGGACAGCAGAUGAUUAUGCUUAUUGACAACGAGAGCUUUCAUCAGCAAGGCGAACUGACACAAGAUGAACAUCAUCAGCAGCCACAGCAGUUACAUAUAUCGAGCAAUGAACAAUUAGUUAUGCAAGGAACUGAAGACGGAAUGAUUGUCUACAUCCAUGGUACCGAUGACUCGUCAAAUCAAGCUUACGCAACUUAUCAGACGGUUACGAGUAAUGACAAUGAAGAAAUUGUUGAGGAAGUUGUUGAAGAAGUAUUGGAGGAAGCAGACGCUGAGCAUGGGGAUCAAAAUUCAGCAGGAGCUGAAGACAGUAACCAGGAACAGGUUGAAGAAGUUAUUCAGUAUGUUGAAGAAGAGACGGAAAUUGUCGAGUACGAUGAAGAACAGUCGCAAAGUAAUGAUGGCAAUCAUCAAGUACAAGAGUCAAUGAUGAUCAUUGAAGAGGAACAUCUUGAACGUGUUGAAGAUGUCAAUGAGGAAGAGCUCAAAUCUAAAAUGUCUUCUGACUUGGCUGAAGAGUGGGAUGAGGACAGCAUGGAGAUGGCUGAAUCGUGAAUUGAAUAUUACACACUUUAUGUGUGAAAAAUUAUGCGUUGUAUCUUAUCAUAAGAAUUUAUGAUUAUAAUGAAUAAGUAUAUAUAAUUUAACAUAAUUUUAUUAUAUUAUAUUCCAUUUCUUUUCAUUUAACUUUGAAAAAGAAAAAAAAAAAAAUUGUCAUUUGAAUAAAUUGUAUAAGUUUGAAAAUAUUUUCUACUUGAAAAUUAUGAGCUAUGACAAUGUCAUGAAAAAAAAUUAUUUUAUUUUUAAUUUACAAUAAUCACAGUAUGCAUUUUCGUUUUACUUCACGGAUGCUUAUAAAAUUUCAUUUAAUGGAAUCAAGUUUUCAUUACUCUGUGUACUAAUCGCUACAAAGGAAUAAAGAAAUCAUUUAAAAAAAAAAUGACAAGAAUAAUAGAGAAGCUUAAAUUUUUCAAUAAAAAGUAAAAAUAAUUAUAUAUAAAAAUUUUAU